AUGGGAGAACUGAUUUUCAGGUGCAAGCCUUCAUCUUUUCUCUUUUUCUCGACGAUCAUAGCUCUGUUUUCAACAAAAUCGUUAGCAAUCGAUAGCAUAAAAGCAGGGGAAUCCAUUAAUGGCAGUACCCAGAUGUUAAUUUCACCUGCAAACAAGUUUGUAUUGGGAAUAUUCAAUCCCCAGGGCUCUAAAUUUCAUUACUUGGGCAUAUGGUACAACAACAUCCCACUAACUGUCGUGUGGGUCGCAAACAGAGACAACCCACUUGUAAAUUCCUCUGCUCAUUUAGUAUUCAAAGGAGAAAACAUUGUUCUUCUGAACAAAACAGGUGGGAUUUUAUGGACUUCCAAUUCUCCACGAUCAGUGAAAGAACGAGAGGUUCAGCUGUUAGAUACAGGAAAUUUGGUUUUAAGAGAAACAGAGUCUCAAGGUUAUGUGUGGCAGAGUUUCGAUUACCCGUCGGAUACUCUGUUACCUGGGAUGAAACUGGGUUGGGAUUCGAAAACCGGCCUGAACCGAAAGUUAACGUCUUGGAAAAACCCAAAUGAUCCAUCGUCUGGGGAUUACACGUACAGUGUAGAAAUGGAUGGGCUUCCACAACUUGUAGUUCGUAAAGGGCCCAUCAUAACAUUUCGGGGCGGCCCAUGGUAUGGUAAAAGGUUUAGUGGAAGUGGGGAUCUCAAAGCAACAGCAAUUUAUGCGCCGAAGUUUGAUUAUAAUGGUGAUGAACACAGAGCGCUGUUUUCGUAUGAGGCGAGGAACAAUUUCUCUGUAAGAUUGGUGCUGGGCGCGGCGGGGUUAUUUCAGCAGCUGUAUUGGGUGGAUGAUGGAGAAUAUUGGUACCCAUUGUAUACAUUGCCUGGAGAUGGGUGCGAUGUGUAUGGAAUCUGUGGGGAAUUUGGUGUUUGUACGUUUUCACUCACAGCAGAAUGUGAUUGUAUGGAUGGGUUUGAACCCAAAUGGCCUGAUGAUUGGGAAAUGUUUAGGCGUUCUGGUGGAUGUGUUAGAAAGGACAAUCGAACCUGUGGAAAUGGCGAGGGGUUUAAACGAAUUAGUAGUGUGAAAUUUCCAGAUUCUUCAGGGUAUUUUGUGAAUGUUAAUAUGAGCAUUCAAGACUGUGAGGCGGCGUGUUUGAACGACUGUUCUUGCUUGGCUUAUGGAAUAAUGGAGCUUCCAAAUGGCGGCUAUGGCUGUGUUACCUGGUUCCAUAAACUUAUGGAUGUUAAAUUUGUUGUUUAUAAUGGACAGGAUCUCUAUGUCAGAGUGGCUGCUUCAGAAUUAGAUUCAACCAACAAGAAACUUAAGGUUGCUGUCAGUGUGUCUAUGGCUUCAUUUCUAGGCUUCUUGGGCUUUGUUAUUUGCUUUAUUCUUGGGCGUAGAAGAAAAGAUAGAGGUGAGAUUCUAGCUCAAGAAAAUGAUGUUGAGAUGCCAAUCUAUGAUCUUACAAUGAUCGAGGCUGCCACGGAUAAUUUCUCCUUCUCGAAUAAGAUAGGUGAAGGCGGGUUUGGUCCUGUAUACAAGGGUAAGCUUUCAUGUGGACAAGAGAUUGCAAUAAAGAGGCUGGCAGGGGGUUCUGGCCAAGGGCAAAACGAGUUUAAAAAUGAAGUUACGUUGAUUUCCCAACUUCAACAUCGAAAUCUUGUCAAGCUUCUUGGUUUUUGCAUUCAUAAGGAAGAAACAUUACUGGUUUAUGAAUAUAUGCCAAACAAAAGCUUAGACCACUUCCUCUUCGAUAACGAGAAGAGAUAUUUACUCAAUUGGCAAAAGAGAUUCGACAUCAUAAUCGGGAUAUCUCGAGGACUUCUUUAUCUCCACAGAGACUCGAGGCUAAGAAUAAUACAUAGAGAUCUCAAAGUAAGUAAUAUAUUACUCGACAGUGAAAUGAAUCCGAAAAUUUCAGACUUUGGCAUGGCACGUAUGUUUGGCGAAGAUCAAACUAUGGCAAAAACCAAAAGAGUUGUCGGUACUUAUGGCUAUAUGUCUCCAGAAUAUGCACUCGACGGGUGUUUUUCAUUGAAGUCUGACGUGUUUAGCUUCGGGGUCAUUCUUUUGGAGAUAGUUAGCGGUAAGAAGAAUAGAGGGUUCUUCCAUACCGAUCAUCAACUCAAUCUUCUCGGACAUGCAUGGAAGCUUUGGGAUGAAGGAAAUGCUUUGGAGUUGAUGGAUACAGCAUUGGAGAACAAAUUCCAACCUUCUGAAGCACUACGAUGCAUUCAAAUUGGUCUUUUGUGUGUUCAGCUGAGCCCUGAUGACAGACCAACUAUGUGGUCGGUGCUUUCGAUGUUGGAGAGUGAAAACAUGUUAUCUUAUCCUAAACAACCUGGGUUUUACACAGAGAGAAUGUUUUCUAGGACUGAUAAAUCAUUAGCUGAAGCCUCUACUUCCAAUGAAGUGACAGUUACUUUGGUACAUGGUCGUUAGUGAGUAUUAAAGUCACUUUGUAAAGAGUACUCAUUUUCAUUUGCAUUGCAUUGUUCGAGUAUCAAAUGAACAUGUUCUUAGCAGUUCAAGAUGUCUGGAACGUAGGUGGAACUUAGGUAA